UUGACAGUUGGUUGGUACUCAAAGAAGUACAGCGGCACAAACAUCGUCCGGCAGUUUUUAUUUUUUAACGUUUAUUGUUUGUCAAAAGUUGACACCUGCAACUAUGCAGUCCGAAUCGGGAAUUGUAGCUGACUUCGAUGUCGGGGAGGAUUUUCAAGACGAGCCCAAAACGUACUACGAACUGAAGAGUCAGCCACUGAAAAACAGCAACCCAUCAGACCAGCACAGUUCCAACAAGCCCCCGCUGAGCUCCUCGGCCAUGACAUCACGCAUCCUGCUACGGCAACAGCUGAUGCGGGAGCAGCUUCAGGAGCAGGAGCGGCGGGAGCAGCAGAGACAGCAGUCCGCCCAGUACCCACAAACCACAGCAACCCAGACCCCCGCCAUCAAUGUCAGUGUCCCCGUCAGUAUACCACCUGCUGCACAGGUGCCAAUGGAGGUGCUCAAGGUCCAGACUCACCUGGAGAACCCAACAAAGUACCAUAUUCAGCGCUCCCAGCAGCAGCAGGUGAAGCGGUACCUGGGAAAGCUUGGUUCCCAGGUGUUGAGCUUGCCCUGCCCCAACCAGUCCUCUGAUCACGGGGGCAUGCCGCCAGGGCCGGGCAACAGUGCCCCCAACAGCCCUAUGGCCUUACUGACCCUCAACUCAAACUGCGAAAAAGAGAUGGAUGAUGUCAUUGACGACAUUAUUAGUCUGGAGUCCAGUUACAGCGAUGAAAUCCUCGGCCUGAUGGACCCAGGACUUCAGAUGGCGAGCACGAUCCCUGUGCCUGCUAACAUUAUGGACAUGUAUGGUACUCAGGGCAUGUCACAGCAAGGUCUGCCCAUCAGCAACUCGUGCCCUGCAAACCUGCCCAACAUCAAAAGGGAAUACUCAGUGUCACAAUCCCCGGCCAUCAUGCAUAUGCUGGAUAAGUCUGGAUCCUGUGGCAAAUUUGACACCUAUCAAAGGCCUGAAGGGUUCCCUGUGGAAGCUGAGGUAAGAGCCCUGGCAAAGGAAAGGCAGAAGAAAGACAACCAUAAUUUGAUUGAGAGACGGCGACGGUUUAAUAUUAAUGAUCGAAUCAAGGAAUUGGGAACUUUGAUUCCAAAAUCCAAUGACCCAGACAUGCGCUGGAAUAAAGGCACCAUCCUGAAGGCAUCAGUGGACUACAUCCGGAAGCUGCAGCGGGAACAGCAGAGAGCCAAAGAGUUAGAGAGCCGUCAGAAAAAGCUGGAGCACGCCAACCGACAUCUAAUGCUGAGGAUACAGGAAUUGGAGAUGCAGGCACGAGCUCACGGCCUUGCCAUCACAUCUUCAACCCUCUGCUCUUCUGAUCUCGGGGCGAGGACCAUCAAACAGGAGCCUGCUCUGGAGGACUGUCACCAAGACCUUUACACGCUCCACCCCCAUCACCAACACCACCCAGCCUGCACUCCUGAGCAGCCCGGCACACUGGAGCUAAAUGAAGGCCACUCUAACUUCCCUGACGGCCACUACAGCGUUCACAGCAAAGCCGGCUCCAAACUCAACGACAUCCUCAUGGAAGACACCUUAUCACCGGUGAGAGGGGGGGACCCUUUGCUCUCGUCCGUCUCCCCAGACACCUCAAAGGACAGCAGUCGUAAGAGCAGUGUCAGCAUGGAUGAGAAUGAGCAGGGCUGUUAGCACACUCUGGUGGGCGACGCCUUCCCCUGCAGCUUCACACUUCCCCCUCCCACCCCCACUCCAUCCUGCAAGUGUGGUGUUGAACACACUCACAGCAGCUGGAGAGCCUUUCUUCUCUUUGUUGUGUUUUGUCUUUCUACCCACCUGUGUUUACAUGUGUUUUACCCCCCCCCCCCCCCCCCCCCCCCUCCCUUCCUUUUUUUUUGUCUUUUUUUCUAUUGUUUGUCUUUUGAAGCCCUCAACCUUGAUUUCAAGGACUGAUUUCAAAGUGCUUGCUUUAAUCAAAACUUUGAUGACAAUGAUUUACAAAGAUAGAAGUUUUUAUAUUUAAAAAAUGUGCAUUUAUCUUUAGAUAGAGACUAGGUUAUGUGUUUUUCUAUUGAUUCCAAAGAAUCUAGGGAAAUUAUAAAUCAUGGUCAGAUGUGUAGAUAUUUUGUGGUGAGAUGAACACUGCUUUUUAAAUCACUAGCAAUAAUAGAAAAAAAUAUUUAUUACUUUAGUGCUUUACACUCUUUGUGUCUUAGAUUGAACUCGAAUGUGCCAAUGCCUUAUUAAGAUGUGUAUACAUCAUUGUCAUAUUGCUAUGCACAUGUUUGGCUGUUAGCUGAGUCUCUGUCAGUCUUCCAGUUGAAAUUUCCUUGCUUAAGAGAUAAUAAUCAUUUGUAGAUUUAAACUUAUUUAUGUAUCUAUGCCUACAGGACUUUAUGUACACAUUCCCCUUUAAAUUUAAUUUAUAACGAGGCAAUCAAAAGAGCCUGAGAGGUUAACUAAAUUAUAAAUCACCCUCAGGAUGAUUAAAUACACAAAUUUGAUGCUUGCAAGGAUGAUUUUAGGUUUUAUUUUAUUCAAUGUCUUGAUGAAAAACAACCCAAUCACAACACAAAGGUCAAGUUUCACUUCACUCCUUUAACCACAAAGAUCUGAUUGAUCCACCCUUGUUUUACAAGGAUAUUACAAAUAACAUUCCUAACUCCCAAAAUAACUGAAACAUGUAAAACAAGUUUAAAGGAAGUCUCAAAAUACAUUUUUUAAAAAAGCUACAUAAGGAUGCUGUCGCUAUUGAUCUGAUGGAUCUGGUCAUUGGUACAUAAUUCUAUAAAUAAGUUUUACUUUAACACACAAAAGUAAGAAAGGUGAAUUAAUUCAGUUUUUCCUGGGCUAAUCAGAAACACAAAGCUGGUAAAAUAAUUAAACGGAGAGCAAAAAUUAAAUAACAUUUUUUAUAUAUAUUUUUCUAAAUUAUAAGUUUUUUUUAUACCACUUCAGUAACAUUUCACAUUCAGGGUGUUUUUUUUCCAUUUUGUGAAAUGUAUAAUGCCAAGGAGUAUAAGGAGACUGCUUGUGGAUUUUUUUAUGAAAUGCAUGACAUUGUCAAAACACUGGAAUGACCUCUGUAAACUGAAACAUGGCUUUUUAUUGAAGCAUAAAUGAACUGCUGUAUUUGGCUUGUGAAAUGCACAAAUAAUAAUUUACAAGACCGUAGUUCUUUGUGGUACAGCAUCGCUAUAUGUUCCUUUGCAGUUUGUUUGCAGCUGUUGCAACAUGCUUAUUAAUACCUACCUGUUCACUGAAACCUCCAGGUACAGCACAGCCUUUAUGUUGUCAGACUAUGCAACGGUUAAAGUUGUGCCUGUAAAGCCGCAUCUUGUCUUGAAAUGGUGAUCUUUUUUAUGGAGUAGUUUGAAAUGGUGUCAAAGUAAUAACCUUUUCAUUUAAGUGCCUUAGAGUUGCUUUUGUUGUCAUUGUGAUGUAAGAGAAAUGAUACAGUAUUUUAUUGACGUUAAUGGUGUUUGGUGUUUUACACAUUUUCGAGGUGCCAAGAUCCUGCAGAGAACAGCUGGAGAGGAAAUUUUGUCCACGAGAUAACACUCCUAAAUAUACUGUAAAUCUCUCAAAUGUAAACGCCACAAGAAAGUUUUUUUUUUUUUUUUCAUAAUGGAAUCCCAAAGUGUUCAAUAUUAAAUCAGACAGUUAUGAUAUUAGAAUAUAAUAGAUUAGAUUUCCAUAUUUAGAUUUAAAAUCUGGAAAAAUUUUAUUUUAUUUUGCUGCUUUAUUUGAUUUUUAAAAUGUCAAAAAUAGUAGUAAAUAUCGCAGGAAAUGGCAGACCAAUGACGUUCACCCUGUGAAAAGCUGCAGCUUACACCAGCUAAUUACAAGUCCUGUUGGACAGGCAGUGCUAAUUUUGAGUUUAUAUGUGGCUCUGGUGACAUGAUGCAUGUAGGACAGAUUUUUCUAAUCAAACACCAGACAUCUUUGGAGAUUUUUAUUUUCUUCAGGCCUUAAUUGGCUCAGCCCAUCUCGGCCUUCAUUUAGGUUAAAAACUACAUUGAAAACUUUGAUUUGUUUAGCCUUUGUGACAGCAAAAAUGCUGUUAACAAUUGGACUUGUUAUAAUUUUGAUGCCUUUUCAAUGUUGUGCCUAAGAAAGCUUUUCCCCUUUCACUUUUAAACCAAAUGUCGGAGUGUCCGAAUGUCCAGAGAGAAAAAAGUAGGGCACUCAGAAUGAACCACAAUGCAUCUAGAAAAGUAGUGAGCAUCGAUGGUCAUUAGACCGUUCAGUAUAGACCACAAUGCAUUGCGGGCAGAAGCUCAACAUGGCGCAAUGAGGCGAAAAAAUUGAGCUGCACGAAAUUACCUAUAAGCAAACAAAGAGUAAAAUACAACAUAAGGAAUAAAAAAAUAUUUACACACAACUUUGGAUUGGAUUUGGAAUGACAUCUUGACGCGGGUUGUAGUUGCCGUGGUGACGCCGGUAGCACGUGGUUUGUGGCGACGAAAAAAUAGGCAGCUUUGUGUCCGAAUGAGAAUGAGUCACUAUGUAGUGUGCUAUGUAGUGCAGCCCUAUGUAGUGAACAAGGCGUUAGGGAGUAGGGUGGACAUUCGGACACAUCAAAUGUUUUUUUUUUUUGUUUGUUUGUUUGUUUGUUUUUUUUAUCACUACCGGUAUAUUUUUAUUUAGUAUUAAACAUUUUGGAAUUCCAUAUGUUGUAGCUGUGAAUUUUAUAUUAUCUCUUCCUAAAGUGUUAAUGAACAUUUUGUAUCCUUAGAUUUAGUCUGACUGUUGUUCACAGUUAUAACUCCCAAAAUGCGUACCAAAAUUAAACUCCCACAGUCCCAGUGAUGUAUACAUUACAGUGUCUAAUCUGCUUAAUUAUGGUGUCUCUCUCCUACACCUUUAAAAGCAAUAUGAAGCAUGAUGCAUUUAACUGAAAUAUGAAGAAAAGAUUUGAGAAAAGUACAACAAAAUUCAUAUAUAUACCCUUUUGCCACAGAGUGCCAGUUAGCGGAGCAAACUCUGACUACUUAUUAAGUCUGUGCUAUGCAACUGAAAGCUGCUAAAAAUAAGUGAACCUUUAGUGACUAUAGAUAGUGGCGACCACUCCAGGAACUGAGCCUUAAUAAAAACUCACAGGCCUGUUAACUACUGAAGCUAGAACAGGUGGGCCCUGAAAUAUGACUGUUUAGAACAAAUAGCAUUACACGCUGUGGCAAUAUAUAGAAUUACUUUUACUGUAGUUAUAGCACAAUACUGGUAAACCACUAAUGGAGAAUCAUGUUAAAUCAGUUUUCAACCUUGCCAACCAAUUCUCAUUCCUGUGGUUCUUACAAUGUUCUUCUGCAAUGUUGUUGUUAAAGUUUAUAUGAGAUGAAUGUUGUAAUAGUUACUGUACCAACCGUUUUCAGAUUAGUGAAGUCAAACUCAUUGGUACUUAAUGUUGAAGCUAUCUCCUUAAAGAUAUUAAAAGAUUUACUUGGA